CCUACCAGCGCGCCAUGUACGACCUGGUGGACCCGUUGUUGCCGGUGCGCGCGCACGCGCUAAUCGCGCUCAGCCAGCUGUUGGAGCGCCGAGACCCGGAGACGUGGCGCCACCGUCGCCAGCUGCUGCACGUGUUCCAGGAGAAGCUGUCCGACGACGACUCUUACGUGUACCUGGCGGCGGUGCGCGGCCUGGCGUGCCUGGCCGACCUCUGCACGGACCAGGUGGUGGCCGGCCUGUGCCAGCAGUACACGGCCGCCGAGCGCGACCCAGACACCCGGCUCAAGCUCGGCGAGGCCAUCGUGCUGAUGGUCCGCAACCUCGGCGACAUGGCGCCCCGGUACCGGGAGCGGCUGCUCGGCACCUUCCUGGCCGGCUGCCGGGAUGGCGACCACCUGCUGCGCGCCUCCAGCCUCUCCAGCCUGGCCGAGGUGUGCCGCCUGCUGCGUUUCUCGCUGGCCGGCGCCGUGCACGAGAUCUUCAGCUGCCUGUCAGCUCUGCUGGACACGGACCCGGCUCUGGAGGUGCGCCGCGCCGCCGUCCUCGUGCUCGCGCAGCUGCUCACCGGACUCGGCGUAGACGCCCUCAAGGUGCUGGAGGAGCUGCUGCCGGCGCUGUACCGGCGUCUGAAGGCGCUGCUGCGGCGGGAGCAUGACCCGGCCCUGCUGCACCACACACAGACGGCGCUCGACCAGCUGGAGCUCGCCACGAGGCAGCUGCUGUUCCCCAGCCGGCGGCUGGAGAAGCGCAUCACAGUGCUGGGCACGCCACAGUGACGGCCGCCGCCGGCGAUGCUCACUGCUCACCCUUCGUACCUGACGGAUGGUUUUCAUAAUACACCCUGCGCUUCAAGGGAUGGUGUGAAGGAAUAUCGUAUGGGGCCUCUAGCGAGCACAGAUAUCAUCAUCGGGAAAACGUGCUGAAAUUAGAGAUGCGUGCUGGUCUGGCAGGGGGACAAAGCCGGGGCUCUGGCGGUUUCGAAACCGAAUGUGUAUCUAGAACAAGGACAUGAAGCCGAAGUCGAAGCCUUAGCCGUUAGCUUUGAACUUUGGAGUUACGUUGCGGAAGCCAGUGUGUUUUUAAA